UAAUAUUCAUGAAUAAAACCAAGAACAAUCAUUUUUUUACUAAACUCAAAUCAAAUGCGCUAGUAUUAAUCAUUUUUCAGUUCAGUUUCAAGUGCUCAGGAGGACAAUUUUAGAGAUAGUUGAAUAUGCUUAAAUCACAAGAAAUUAGAAGGGGACGGAUAACUCUAUCGGCUAAUAUUAUCUUGACAGCUUCCUUAAUUGCAAGAACGUUUAGCCUUGGUUUUGUAGCUAUUUCAAUUUACAUUAAGAUAGCGGAAAGUGUACUAGAUGAAAAUGUCAUAAAAAUCGUGAAUAUUUAUGAUAUUUAUGGAAUGCCCAUUGGGACAACUACGAAAUGGGUUGUAUUUUCCUUGAUAGGUGCGUUUGUUCUGGACACAACAUCUGGCGUGUUUGGUGUUUGUGGAGCUUUUUACAAGAAGCCUUACUUCCUUGUUGUGAAUAUUGUAUUGAGUUCUGUCAUGAUAGUCAUAUAUGCUGGAUACAUCACGCUCAUUUCAAUUGUAUACUAUAAGAAGUCAGCGUUAAGUGAAGUACUUUAUUCUUAUGGUGAAACAUACACCCAUAUUCUUCUUCAGAGUAAUUACCAAUAUGAUUACUUUCCGAGUUUUAUGCGGAAGCUAGGAUGUACAAUAAAUCAUAGAACAAGCUGCUACGAGCAAUAUAACGAACAGUUAUCAACAUUUCUAGAGGCCUACUUGGGAAUCAUUUCAAGUUGUCUUAUGUGUCAGAUUAUAGUAGUUGUCGCAUCAGAAUACACAUACAGGAAAUUUGAAGUAAAGGCCUCAAAAGAAAAGAUCUCACGAAAACCUUAUUAUUUGCUACUGACAACUCAACAUGGUCUCUGUCGGUCCUUAUGUAUCUUUGCAAGGAGAAGUUUUCAAAAGUCAGUCGCUACAUCAGUUGCCGUUGUUAUCAAGAUCUGUCUUUUGCUAUCUGGUGUUGUAAUGUUAAUUUUGGGAAUAUACAUUGUUCAGAAUGAUUUUAUAACUAACAGCAAACUGAAAAAUAUCUUCUACAAAUUGCAAUUUUACAAUUAUUAUUUCUAUGAUAUAAAAAUUGGUCUGACGGCUACCUGCAUUGUCAUAGGAACGUGUUCAAUCUUGAUUGGGGUCACUGGAAUCGUUUCAUCAUGGAAAAAGUCGAGGAAAUGGUUAUGUGCUAAUGUUGUCAUGUCAGCAGUAUUGCAAGUUGUUCGAGUUUUGACAUUCGUUUUAGGACUGGUUAUAUUUUUAAAAAUAUUGAGUAGCUUGGAGUAUGAGCUGUCCAUCCAGCAAGCUGGAUACUAUUACUCACUCAGCGUAAACGAAAUAACAGAAGCAUGGAAUACGAUGUUGCUAACAUUGGAGUGUUGUGGUGUCAGAAGCUAUGCAGACACAUACGGAAACAGUUAUGGAACACCUUUCUGUUGCAAAAAUGCGAACGAACACAUUCUUCAUCCUGGAGGAUUAUAUUCGAGUAUAGAUUACAACAAUUUUGCGUACAUUGGUGGAUGUACCGGUUUUAAGACAACUACUUGCAGUUUUGUCAUUGAAUAUCGUAUAAAAGUAUUUAUGAUAAUAUUUCUGACAACAGUCAUGACGCAGAUAGUACUUGAGUGUUUAGGGUUUGCUUAUGUUAACAAGGAAUUUCAGAAAUUUCUACCUUCAGUUAAAGCAUCAGAGAACAGGGUAACUGAUAACAACAUAUUCAAGGUCAUUUUCUGCAGCUCAGGAUCAGCUAUUAAGAAUAACUGGAAAAGAUCAAAGAGUAGUCGUGUGGUAUUUAUUUCUGUUUUAGUCUGUUUUGUUAGCAGCUUAUUGAUGCUGAUACUGAUAGUAUGCCUUCGAUACGAUGCUGUGUUCGGUAACAAAGACAUAAAUGAUCAUCUUUUUGAAGAUGUUUAUUUUGAGAAUGUGUCUUUAAAGGACAUUUUGUAUUACUUUAUUAUAAUAACCACAACGUAUUCAGUCGCUUUGGGGUGUAUGUCCUCCUUUGGACUGGCAGUUAUAUUGACAGCGAAUAAACGACGUUUUAAGCUUUUGAUAUCGUUUGAAGUAUCCCUAAUACUUCUAGCCUUAUGCAGUAUUGUCAUCUUAGUCGUCAGUGGACUUUGGACAUCAUGGAUAAUGUCAUCAGCAUCAGAAAAACUAUCUAAUGACAUGGCAUACUAUUACAAAUCAGAUACUUCUUGGGAUCAUGGUAAAUCUCUGGCGUGGAACACACUUUAUGUUAAGAAUAAAUGUUGUGGAGUUGGAGCUGCUGGUUGGAGUUCCUUCCAGUCAACCACAUGGUGGACUUCGCCUAACCAGAAUGGCAAAUCAAUUCCAGAUUACUGUUGUAAAAGCGAAACAAGAGUGUACCCAUACGAAUCAAAGAGUACCAACGCUUGUACAACUUUAUUAACAAAUACUUUGCACCACUCCGAUGGUUGUGACACAGCCUUAAAAACCCGACUAAGCGCGUACAUGAUUGUAUUCUUUGUGGCAAUUUCAAUUGUCAUCAUUAUGCAGCUUUUGGGCAUUAUUUCUACUAUACUGGAAUUAGUUCGAGAAUACCGACUCAUAGAUGCAUUACAUGAAACAAUAGGGAACCAGCUAUUUGAAACUGUUCAUCGUGAAACACGUCACUCUAAACAACGUAAAAAUCUGAGUGAUUUGGAAAUGCGUAAGAACAGACUGGAUUUUGCAAUGCGUCGUAUGACAAAUCAAUCUGACAGACUUAAUCUUGUGACAGAAGACGACGAUGUUCUAGAUGUUGAAAGCGUUGCAGAUGAUGAAAUGUAAUCAUAACGAUAUUGUUUGAGAUUUUAAUUUAUUGAUAUUUGCUCUGUUUUAAUAGUCUGACAUUGUUUGAAAAAUUGUAGCAGGAGUUAUUUUUAUCGAAUCAAAUUGUACUUCAAUAAAGAUUUAACUGGAUGCA